AUGGUACUCCAUAAACAUGGCCAAACACUCUAUGAGAAUACCCGGGAAUUAAUUCUUGAACAUCUCGUUGAAAAGGUAAGACGAAGGCUUGCUGGAUUAUCUUCAACAGAAUUCUUGGUUACACUCAAACAAAUAUGGAAUGAUUAUGAAAGAAGCAUGGUUAUGAUUCCCUGCAUCCUUAUGUAUAUGGAUCGAGUCUAUGUAUUAGAACAAAAACUCGAACCUGUCUGUGAUCUGGGUUUAAGAUUAUUUCGAGAAAACAUUAUUCUAUUUUGGACAGCACGAGAAUAUUUCAAUAACGCAUUACGGGAGAUGAUGACUCGAGAACGACAUGGUGAGAUCUUAGACCGAACAACUAUCAACGAUAUUUCUCUUAUGUUAACAAAACUGAAAAUUAACGAAGCUGAUUUCUAUGAUGAAGAUCUCCAGACAUGGUGUGUACAAUAA